AUGAUAGAUCUUAAUCUAAAUGAUCAAUUAAAUAUUCUAAAGAUUUAAGCCUUUUUUAGAGGAUUUCUAGUUAGAAAAUAAAUAUGCACUUAAGCAAAAAUGGAAAUGUAAUAUUUUAUGAACAUUUUCGAAAGCAAUAAUUAAGCGUAAGAUGGUGAUAGAUCAUUUGAAAAAUAGUAAAGAAUUUAAAGCGAUAGUUAAGAAGAAUUCAGCUCUAUUGAGUAAAGAAAGUAGUAUGCCAUUUAAAAUAUAAAUAAGAUUAAAAAAAUGAUAGAAGUUUUAAAUAAAAGUAUAAUGGAUAGAAAACAGUACUUACAAUAAUCAUAAAUUUAUUGA